UUGGAUGCAACUUACAAAGUAAAACUAAACUGCUACGAUCUCUCAAUGGGGCUUGCCAAAUCUCUUUCAAUGUCCCUUAUUGGCAAACAAAUUGAUGGAAUUUAUCAUACAGGCAUCUGUGUCUAUGGUAAAGAGUACUUUUAUGGUAAUGGAAUUAAUUGAGAAAAUGAAGGCGCCACACCAUUCGGAACUCCCACUGAAACCAUAGAAUUAGGAGAGACUGAACUCCCUCAAGAAAUGUUUCAUGAUUUCCUCCAAGAUAUCAGUGAGAGAUUUACUUUUCUCACCUACAAUAUUGCUACGAAUAAUUGUAACCAUUUUACCAAUGAGUGUUCUACUUUUUUGGUCGACAAAACUAUUCCAGAUUUUGCACUUAAACAAGCAGAGGAAUUCUUCGAAACCCCUCUCGGUCAGAUGGUGAAACCAAUGGUAAUGGCUCAGCAAAAUGCCUUGAUCCAAGGAGCAUCUAGUAUGUUUGACACUGGUUCAGCUGAGAAUGAGAACAAAACAUUGAAUGUAAAUCCUGAAGCUGUAUUAAACACUUUCUCUCAACUCCAAGGGGAGACACCUGUUGCAGCUGAUCUUUCAGAUUCGAUCACAGCUAUCUCAGAUAUUUCUUUGCUUCAAGAGAGUAUAAUCACUACUCCUUGCUUAGUUCUUUACUUAUGGUCUUCAGUGAACGAAGAGUGCAAAGAUUCUAACACAAAGAUAGGUGAAAUUGCUGAAAAAUUCAGCAAUGAUGAGACCUCUCAGGUAACUUUCUUCAGUGUAAACACCCAACAAGUCGUGGAAGUGGCGUAUAAUUUCAACGUCAAGACUAUCCCUUGAGCUUAUGUGUACCAGAACGGUGAAGUUGUGUUAACACAAGAAAAAUUUGAUCCUGAAGAGUUGGAGCAAAAACUUACAGAACUCAAGAAAGAGUAACUUUGUUUGAUAUUAGUAUUUC